UAAUCCUUUCGCUUAAUCUCUCGUCCAGCAUAAUCCUUUUCCAACCCAGGAAUAUCGCAGCCAAGGACUUCCCUAUGAGUUGCCAAGGUCACACUAUUCAGGGAAGGCGAUGCCUAAACUCUGCCCGACCAGGCAGUGAAUGGUGCUCUCAUCAUGAUUUGGACAUCGCCAAAGCCCAAUGCGGUGGUGAAACAAAGGAGAACAGACGCUGCAAGAAACUUCCCAUGAAUGGAAAACAGUUCUGCGAUCUGCACAACCCUGAAAGGACUCAGUGCAAAGCCUUCACGGUAACUAGAGAACGCUGCUUAAGGAGGUGCAGAUCGGGCGAAAAGUUCUGCGGUCAUCACAACAACCCACCCGGCUUCAUCAAAUCCGACUUAGACCGCAGUAGCAGACUGGCCGCACGCCCAAACCCAGGCGCUUGUCUUGCCUACACUCCUACAUUUGAUAAUCGUGCGUCUCGGCAGGACCCACAUGCUGUACGCACAGCUUCGUCUCCACCGCUGUAUCCUGUUCCCAGCAGGGUAACUCGACCCGUUCUUACCAGCAUUCGCCGCGCUCGUGAUCAGACGCCGACGCCGCCUUCUCCCACUGUCACACGGACCCGCACCAACAACACCAGCGGCGGCACCGAUCAACCUGAUACCCUCGAAAACCGUGUUCUCCGACUACUGCAAACAAUCCGAUCUGUCCAGAACCUUACUCGAGGUGACAAUCUUCUCAACGGCCAUGCUGCUCGGACCAGCGAGGAAGUGGCCAGGAUAACCGCUGGCCUUCCUGCCAGAAGCGCAUACCACGCUCGCUCUGAAAACACCAACAACAACAGAGGUGCACGGGGUACGAUCCCUGCUCGUCGCACACAUGUUACCAGUGCUCCAGUCGAAGAAAACCAUCCGAUCAAUGCACUUCAAGCUGCCCCGCAAAGCAGCACACUCCUCACACGCCGAUCAAACAAUACCAGUGUGGAUAAUGCUCCCGUGGAGGUAAACCAUGCCGCUCGGAUUAACCAACAAGCUGUCCGUUCAGACAGGCGCCGAUUACAGCAUGUAACUCAGACGCUUUCUCCUAUAUUUCAUACGCAUCCUCCUAGUUCUGCCAGCACCGCCCGUCGAGCUCACUCCAGCAAUAGCAACAACAACAGCACCAACAGCAACAAUAACAGCAACAGCAGCAGGAGCAGCAGAGUCGCGGGCAAUACAAGUCCUGCUAAUCGCACACAAGCUGGCAAUACGCCUGUCCAGGAGAAUCGCGCUGCCCAGGCAACUCAAACCGUCCAGCUUAGCGAUACACCAUCUGCACCCUUACAAACUACUUCUGUGGAUAAUGCUUCCGCAGGUAAUGCAACCGAAGUCGAACAACACGCUCAGGAAGCUGUCCAGGAAGCGGCACAACCUUCCACACCAUCAGUGGUUUCCCAGGCAACUCGCAGCGACGCCGAUCAUCCGCGGGAACCUUUACCACCAACCACACCACGGGAGGAGCAAGUCCAAGAAGCGGCUUCACAGGAUCAGGCGUCGGUUACCCAGGUGACGCUUAGGAACAUUCUGGAGACUCGCUUCCCAGGCAUCCCUGGUCAGAGAGCACUGUUCUUUGAAGAACCUUUUAAUCAAGCUGUUGGUGCUACACGACAACAAAAGGCACGUCGCUGCCGCGGAAGUUUGCCGUCUGGUGAGUGCUGCGCACGCGAGACGGUCUCUGAAGGUCAGCGCUGUUGGGCGCACACCACUGUCGUCUAAAUAUAAAGACGAGUGAAGGAGGGGACGCGAAGAUUGAGAAUACUAACGACACCAUUGGCUGCUAGGCACUGCUAGUUUCCUUGGAUAUUGGAUGGCUUGCUUGCCUGUCUUUUCAAG